AUGGCAGAAUCAAUGGUCAUGGUGGAGACCCCUCAUAAUGACUUCAUCACAGAUCAACGUCCAGAGAGGCACAUUCGUCUCAGGAGUUUCACCUAUGAUGAGAUCUAUGCAGCGACACAUGGCUUCGAAGUAGACCGUUUCCUAGGACAGGGUGGGUUCGGCCAAGUGUACAAGGGCUUUCUUGAUAGCACCAAUCAGGUGCCUGGACAGGAGGUGGCUAUAAAGAGGCUUGAUCUUCAGGGACAACAAGGGCAUAGGGAAUUCGUCACUGAAGUUCUGAUCUUGAGCAAUGUGCACCACCCAAAUCUUGUAAAGCUCGUUGGAUAUUGCACUAGUCAUGGUCAGAGGAUUUUAGUUUAUGAGUAUAUGCCUUUGGGUUCUCUGAACAGUCACAUCCAUGAGUACUUGAUGACCGGUAAAUUGACAGUAAAGAUAGAUAUUUACAGCUUUGGUGUAGUUAUGUUGGAGGUUCUCACCGGAAGAAUGGCUAGAGACGAAAGACUCCCUGAAUCAGAGCGAAACCUUGUCGCAUGGGCUCUCAACUUUCUCCGCAGACGGGAACUGGACAUUCUGGUAGAUCCGGCACUACAGGGUCAGUGCUCCCAGCCUUGUUUGGAGCAUGCCUUUUUUGUUGUUUCACGCUGUAUCAGUGAAUCACCCAAUAUGAGACCAAGCAUGCGAGAUGUUGUCGCCUCUCUCACUGUGAUGUCAGAAGUCAGAAACAGAAGGCGGUUGGACCGUGGCGGACGCAGCACACCAACAAGAACUAUAGCUCUGAUCGGAACCCUGGACGCAGCACACCAACAAGAACUAGCUCUGUUCAGAACCCUGGACGCAGCACACCAACAAGAACUAGCUCUGAUCGGGACCACCAGGGCGACGAUCAGGGAGAAGGAAACUGAAGAAUCCAGUGCAUAG